AUGGAUGAGGCAGGGCAGACCGACGUCAUAAUCAUUGGUGCUGGGCUUUCAGGUGUUUGUGCUUUGGUGAAGCUGCGAGAGAAAUUUCCAGCUAUCAAGAUUGAAUUGUACGACAAGAAUGGCAACGUAGGAGGUACAUGGGCGAAGAACACCUAUCCUGGUCUGUCUUGCGACAUACCUUCUCAGUUAUACUCCUAUUCCUUUGCCCCGAACCCGGACUGGUCAGCCACAUACGCCUCUCAGCCGGAGAUCUUGUCUUAUAUCCAGCAAGUAGUCCACUCGUUCGACUGUUCUAACUACAUCCAUCUCAAGCAAGAAUGCGUCGCGACAGAAUGGCUUGACGAGGAAUUACACUGGCGUGUGAGAUUGAUCGACCUUGACUCCGGUCAAAUGUAUCUCAGGUACACAAGGCUCCUGAUCACCGCCGUCGGAUUCUGUGAUGUUCCUAAAGGCAAGGAUAAGAUUGAUGGAAUCGAAAACUUCACCGGAAAGGUCUUCCACAGUGCUAGGUGGGAUCAUUCCUUCGAUUUUAGCAACAAAGCCGUGGCCGUGGUCGGCAAUGGCUGCUCUGCGAACCAGUUCAUCCCGUCUCUGCUCGAUCGGACCUCGGUCAGAAGUCUUGUUCAGGUUAUGAGAAGCCCGCAUUGGAUCGCUCCCAAAUACAACAGCCACGUUUAUAGCUGGCAACGAUGGUAA